UCUGGAGGAGGGGCUUUUCUUGGAGGGUUGUCACAGGACUCUACCCCCAUGGAAAGGAGCAAAGGAUGGUUAGAAGUUAGAGGAAAGCGGGCGGUGAUUGUUAGAGAAGCAGAUCUAGACAGAGCCUGUUUUCUUGACUGCAGAGUAACGGUACAGACUUGCAUGACGACUCCUUAGGAUUCAUGUACACUCGCUAGCCACUUGUAGUAGAUAGUUUAAUGUAAACGCCGCACUGCGAUUGCACGUAGCAACAUUUUAGUUCCCUUUCAACUGAAACACAUAACAAGUUUUAAAUGCAACGCUGUUUGAUUUAUGAGAAAACGAUGGCAGCCGAAACAAGGAACGGCGGGAGUUCACUGAACAACAAUAACUGCAAAGACCACCGCAGGAGAAAGUUACUGGUCGGAGUGGACCUCUUCUGCUUGUUUUUAGUGUUGCUUGUUGCCGUUUUUUUGCACAAAUCGCCCUUCCCGCCUUACCAGAGAGGAUUCUUCUGCAAUGACAACAGCAUCAGGCUUCCAUAUAAGAGCAGCACGGUGUCCACCACCGUGCUUACAGCUGUGGGCGUCACCGUGCCCGUGGUCUCAAUCAUCAUUGGAGAAAGCUAUAGGAUCUACUUUCUGAACGAGGGAUCCAAGUCUUUCGUAGGGAACCCCUACAUUUCUGCUCUCUACAAGCAGGUUGGGGUGUUCAUCUUUGGUUGUGCCAUCAGUCAGUCCUUCACUGACAUUGCCAAAGUGUCAGUAGGCCGCAUGCGCCCACAUUUCCUCGAUGUGUGCAAACCUGACUUCUCCACCAUCAACUGCUCCCUGGGCUACAUCACUGACUACCAGUGUCAGGGGCCAGAAAGCAAAGUUCAAGAGGCCAGGAAGUCUUUCUUCUCUGGACAUGCAUCAUUCUCAAUGUACACCAUGCUUUAUUUGGUGUUCUACCUGCAGUCUCGUUUCACUUGGCAUGGAGCCCGCCUGCUGCGCCCCCUGACCCAGUUCACCCUCAUCAUGAUGUCUUUCUACACCGGCCUGUCCCGUGUCUCUGAUCACAAGCACCACCCUACUGAUGUCCUGGCAGGUUUUGUACAGGGAGCCCUGGUGGCCUACUGCAUAGUAUUCUUUGUGUCAGACUUGUUCAAGCCCAAAGGUAGACGUUCUACCCUACUGCCAACCCCAGUGAAGAAAGAUCUUGUUCCUCCAGCAGACAUCAGAGAGCGAAGCAACCAUCUCAUCAUGGCAUAGAAAGACUGCAAACUGAAUGUAUAUAACCCUGACCUGUGCCAUGCAAAUCACUACUAUAGCCACUGGUCAAUACUGGAUAUAAUAACCUCCAACAAUCUGGAUAAUGCAGAUAAACAUGGAAUCUUGAACAUCUCAAAGGGUUAGAGGAGGCUAUGGAAAAGCAGUCAAGCAAGUUAUGCUGUCGGAAUGGAAAUUUUCAUCUUUUUCCUCAGUCUCACCAGACAUUUUAAUGUGGAAAAGAGAGAGAACCAGGGAUAUCUGUCCCUCUUCCUCUGUUGUGAAAGAGAUCUGCCUUGUAGAUUCUCCACUGCUGUCAAGGCCUUUCCGUUGGACUAAAGUCUGAAAUGAAACAAAAUAGAGACAUGGCAGCUGUAAACAAAGCUCUGUGGAGCUUUUGUGCCUUCUUCCUUCGGCUGCAUCCAGCAUGGGAGCCAAACUCAUAUUCCUGCCACUCUCUCACUGUGUGACUAAUAGAAACAGAUCAAAAGAAAAAAACAAAUUCCUUGAUUUGAGGAAGGAUAUUGUUUUAGUUUGGUUUUACUACAAACACAAGUAUUGUACGUAUGUGUGAUUUAUAGCACUAUUUUAGCUAAACUCAGUACUGUUUGUCACCACUUGAAUGAUUCUGAAGUGAAGCUUUUGAAAAGCUUUGUAAGCCAUUGUAAGUUUUUAUUAUGUCCAUAAUGUAGUGUUCCUCAGAAGGUGCACAUGAGUUACAGUAGGUGGAAAGUACAGUGAGGGCGUAUGUGUUGGAUGUGGGCCUCUUUCUGCUGGGCAGGACGAGCCCCCACUGAGCCAUUUAAUGAAAUGCCUGUCUGUUAUAUGUACCAGACGGGCGCUCACAAGUGUUAGGUCAGAGUGUGUGUGUGAGAGUGUGUGAGAGUGCUGGGUGUGUCCUUUGCGUAUGCUCGUGUGUAUGUCUCUGUGUGUGUUUGGGUGAGGCCUUUCUGUGUGUGUCUUAAUGUCAUGUCUAUAUAUUUCAGUGUUUAUAGCCUACAAGUGUGACUCUCUCCAACCAGAGAGCAGGCACCUGCUCCAACAGACACAUGUUACUCGAGACUGAAACACUGUGGAAAAAAGCAUCAUAUACAGUAUACAUAUUUUACUGUUACUAAUCAUUGUGAUUAUUCACAUUACUGAGAAAUCCUGUGAUAUACUGUAUACUAUACAGACAUUUAUACACUCACAAACAAGACAGGGACUAGAGCAGUGGAUAUAAACAGUAGCUUUUCAGUAUAAAAGCUCAAUUUAGCAAAACAGUAAAAGACACAAUUUAUUACUUUGGCACAAUGUAACUUCUUAAUAUCUCAUAAAGUCUUGUAAAGUAAUACAACAGGGGUAGCAAUGAGACUGUGUAUUAUAAUAGAUGAAAUCAUUACAUUGAAUUUUAAAGUGAUAAUCAUGCUAAUAUGUUUGCAUGAUAUUGAUGUAAUUAACUAGUAUUAAUAAAACCACUGACUGAAAACAUCAUCCUAAUGUAUUUUUAAGUCACUGAGACAAACAUUGAUCUGACACCUACAUGGAAACUAGUCCUUUCUUCAUACAUGUCUUGAAAAAUCUGCUAUAUACAGCAUCAGAAAAUUCUGCAUGCUACCAUUCAUUGUACAAUACUGUACAGUGUAUAUAUACAGUGAGAAAUGCCCACUAUGACUUUGUGUCGAGACCUGUGUAAAUGUAAAACAUGCUGCUUUAAAGAGGCAAAGCUUGGCAGAUGUCAUCCAGUAAAGUUGACAACUUGUGAAAAUUAAGUUUUAUUAAAAAACAAAGCUCUCAAAGUAGACAGCUUCAGUACAUUUUUAUAAAAAAAAAAAAGCCUUCCAAUAUUUUUGUAAUGUUGUGAAAUUUUGUACAAUGAAACUGUAAGACGUAUCAAAGAUAAAGUGUCUUUAAUAAAACACAAAAGAUGAAAA